AGAACUGCCAAACUUGUGUCGAUCGCUUGACGUUUGUUCUUGCAUUGCAAACUUGCCAGCUGUCUUCGUAACCCGAAUUCUGGUCCUCACCGAAGCAUUUUUAUUUCUUUACAUCAAUUAACUGAUCAAUCAUGUCUGACGCCGCUGCACCCGCCGCACCCGCUCCUGCUGCUCCCAAAGCCAAGAAAGCAAAGAAGGCGAAGAAAGCUUCGAGCCAUCCUCCCUACAUUGAUAUGAUUAAGGAAGCCAUUGUGAAGAGCGGAGAAAGAAAGGGUAUCUCUCGCCAGGCGAUCGUCAAAUACGUUGGUGCCAACUACAAUAUAUCUAUCCAAGAUAAUGUCAUCUUGAAACAAAUUAAAUUGGCGAUUAAGAGAGGUGUCACUAACAAUGUUCUGAGACAGCUGAAAGGAACUGGAGCUUCUGGUUCAUUUAAAGUUGCUCCUGGUAAAAAAGAAGAAGCUAAAAAGAAAAAGAAGCCGGUAUCCGCUAAACCAAAAGCGAAGAAAGCUAAGACAGUUGCUAAGAAAAGUGGCGCCAAGAAAGCAAAGAAACCAGCAAAGAAGGUAGCUAAGAAAGCAGCCACGAAAGCUAAAAGUCCAAAGAAAGUUAAGAAGCCGAGUGUCAAGAAACCCGCUGUUAAGAAAACCGCCAAACCUGCCAAGAAGAAGCCUGUGAAGAAGGCCGCAGCCAAGAAAAAGUAAAUGAACUUUACAAAGAAUAUUAAAAAAAACUCAAAGCUAUUUAUUACAAGACUUGUAAAUAUCUAAUUGUAUAAAAUGAUUCUUGUCAUUUAAUACUUGAACACAUUCAUCAUGCACCAUUUCACUAUCGCCUCUGACUUUUCUACCCCAUCAUGAACUUUUUAACAUUUUCAUCUGUAUAUAUUCAUUUGUCAUUAAUCAAAUGUUUGAAUAAUUCUCUUAGUUCAGCUUCUGAACUUUUCAAAUCAAAUCACUCUUCGAAUAUUCGUUUUAAAAGAUAUAAAAAUUCAUAUAAAUUAAAUAA